AAAUAACAUUUAUUUGUUGAACAUGUAUAUUUUUUUCAAUGAACAUUAAUACUUUACAAUUAAAAUCAAUAUAUACACAAAACUUUAUUAUCUUUGUUUACCUCACGCAAUGGUCACUAGCCAUCGUCAGUCGAUUUCAGGAAAAAAAGGUACGUAAAGUUAGAGUGUGUGAGUGAGUGUGCCAAGCUCGGGUGACGGAGGCGUCCCGGGACGCUUUCCCUAGUGUAGGCAUUUGCGCCCGAGCGUUAUGCGUGAGAAUCGUGGAAUGAGUGUGUUGGUACGCCUGCUUUGCCAUGUUUUUAAAUAUAGGGUCAGGUAGGAUAGGUAGUAUACUUCUGGUAUGCCUGUUAGCUAUAAGCAGGUAGGACCGGAUAGAUUGUCACAGUCUCUGAUCUGAGGUAGGCGCGUUUUCGCAAUUAGGGAAUCUCGAGCUUAGUUUUAAGUUUCAGCGGGCAUUGCGCUCGAAGAAAGAAGACCGAAGAGGCCCGACAAACUGUCGCGAAGAGGGCUGCAACGAAUGGCUUCUCAUCUUUUGGAUCUUUUAUAGAUGCAAAGAAUGGGAUGUCAUUGUUGCUACUUUGUCACUGUGCUCGUUUCAAUAAUAAGUAGUAAUUUGUUGUUGUGUUGUCUGGCCAAUGCAUGCUGGCCCAAUCAUCAUGGAGAAAUUAUAAAUUAUUUUUCAUUUUCAUAACGAAAAAGUGCGAUAUAAAAAAUGUUUCCGAGGAGUAUCAGAAAAUAUGCGACGAUAUAACGGAACGGGCGGAAAACCUUUUGGAAAAUAUUCAGACAACGUCGAAGACUAUGAUAGAUCAAUUGGCGCGGGACAUGGAAUCGACAAAGAGCAAAGAGCAGGUGAUGUUGCAAGGGCUGUUGCAUGAUAUAAAAAAAACUCUUCAAAAAUUACUAGCCCUUGAUCCAAUGUUCGGUUCCCAUAAAAGGAAAUCUGCCAUGUAUUUGAGCAACGACGUCCAUCAAGCAUUCAACGACGUGGAACAGAACUCGAUUCCUCAAAUAAAUAGGAUGAUAGAGAUCGUCGAUAAGCUAGAGCGCGACGUGUUGGCCUGUAUCGACCGAGCCAAGACACUGAUAUUCUCGUGUAAAAAGUGCAAAACCACCGAGUCGUUGGCGAAAUGCAUCGACGAGAAUGCGAAAUACGCGACCAAGAUAUUGGACAAAGCGUCGCAGAACGCGCAAAACAGUUUGAACGAAAUGGAAUCGUUGAAACGCGAAACUUUGGAUUAUCACAAAGCGACUCUGCAGUGUAUCUCGCGAAGGUGUCGGAAGAACAGCGAAAAAUUUUUGACCCAUUUGAACAAUUGCGUUUUGAGCGUUAGAAACGGGAAGAAAGGAGGAUCGCGUUAAUUUUUAACAAAACAGGAAUAUAUAUAUAUAUAGAGAGAGAGAAAGAGAGUGGCGUGAGUAAAUUGUCGUUUCGUUUGUU